AUGCCUAGUGCACCCUGGACCCUCAAUUCCAGGAGAGAUUCGAAAUCGAAAGUCGAGGAACCACCUCCGUUUACCCAGGUCACUCUCAAAGUGAGUCUUUCUUUUUUUCUUAAUUCGCUUCAUUAACUUUCAUCGCGUAUGUAAAAAUAAAUAAUGGAAUAAUGCGACGAGAUUGUCCGAUCCAUGAAAGUCGACUUUAACUUGUUUCAAGCUACGUCAAUUACGCUUCUUACCGCUUCUCUUCUGUUCUGCAAUUGUCAAAGAGACGAGAGCCUCCGACAUUGUCCGAUCCAGUACGGACUUAUUCUACUAGAAACGUCGAAGAAUCACGUCUACCUUGCGCAGUCUUUUCCCAUUCAGAUAUUAGGUUUCAAAGUCAUCAGAGUUGACUAUUAAUAACUUGCGUGGGUGGCGAGUAACAAGUUCUUGCGUUAUAAACAUUUCGGCAAGUAGAAAUUUACAAGGGCAUCGCAUCUGCAUUAUACAACGUGGUGCAAUUGUUCUUAGAAAUAUGAGAUUAUACUUCGAGUCUCGAGAGGGAACGGCGAGGAAUUAAUGUAUGAAAAGAUUCGAAUACAUAUGAAUCGUCAUUUAUUCGAUUAGCCAUCUAAGCUAUCGUCGCUUUUUGUUUAUUUCUGUUUAUUUCUCGCCGCGCAACAAUUCCAAAAACGCGUACUUCCGAUAUUUUGGCAACAAGCCAUGCGAAAAUGCGAGAAAACGUGGUGUUCCAAGUUUCGAAAACACGUGAAGUCGUCAUGAUCGUUCACGUCAUAAUAUUGUUUACAACUGUCGCGGGUAGUUAGAUCAUCGACGAGUCCGAUUGCAAUUUACAAGAUCCACGAUCGCUUUGAAAUCGAUAUUUCGCCAUACGAAGCGCGCACGAAAUUUGUCAUUGAAUUGGUUAAGUUGAAAGUUUUCCAACAAAUGAAAUGAAGUCCAGAAAACUCCAAAAAUACCACUCUAUUCAUUUCACCUGUGAAUAAUCUCACGUUUGCGCUAGAAUUCCUUCAAGUACGAUAAUUUAAUACGAUAUGUAAGCUUUUACUCAAUUUACCACUGAUUCACUUUAAGGAAUGAAUUAUAAAAGAAUUAUAUAGAUCAUCGAAUUAUCGAAAAAUUGAAGGAGAGAGAAGUUUACUAGACUCGCACACUUGUCUACACGAGAUAUCGAAAGCGUUGGAUUAAUUUCAGUUUCUCGAUACAAGAGAGAUCAGACAGAAGGCUAGCCUCGCGGGUCCUCGCAUAUAAGCCUCUGGGUCACGAUUAUUUAAAGAACACGCGUUUCUAUUUCAAAUGUCUUGCCAGUUGCGUCUUCCGCCAGUUUCUUAACGGGCUUACAUUACGGUUUUGUGCAAAUUUUUGCUGGACUUGCAAGCGUUUUGAUUUAAAAAUCUGAACGCUAAUUCUACGUUCUAUCAGUCGUCACAAUUUUCGCAUAAUUUUCUUUCACAAAGUUUUUCUCUUUCGCAAUAGUAGUAUCUAUCAACAAAUAAGUAUAUCUUUUUUUUUCUUUUUUUUCUUUCAAAGGAAUAGAGGAUACGGUAUCAUGGAAAUACUUGAUCGAAGCUUGUAGCUUGAAAAUGAUCGCGGAGGAAGUGCGCUACUUAGAUUAUUUAAAGACAAUCAAACGGAGAUCGAUACUUGCCAAGAGAAUUCUCGAGACUUUCUUUCUUUAGGAACGAAGGAUAUUAGGUGGGGAGUUUCAUCUAUUUUUCAAUACAACCACUAUCUUUCACGACACAGAUAAUAUUCUUUUGUUCCUUUUACCGUACCGUUAAAAUCAAGUGAGAGAGCGAUCGCCAACAGAUUGAUCUAACAAUAAGAUACAAAGUUGCAGAUGUAAAUGUUCGUCGAUCAUGAACAAUAAAGCGAUUGUAAAAAUUGGGUACGCAACGACUAACAAUUGGCGCGUAAAUUGUUGCUGCUACGAUAAACAUUAUUUUUAGAUUCCUCACGGUGAAAGAACAUUUGCGAUGGAUCGAAAUACAAAUGUGCAAGAAUCAAGCGUAUAGAAACACUAGAAGAUAAUUCAAGCGAAAAGAAAAUAUUCACAAGUGAAAAUAUUUGUAAAAGGCGACGAAAGUAAAAAUAUUUAUCGUUUUUUUGUAGAGUGUGCCGAAACCAGAAGCGACGCCCUCGACAGAUGCACAGCCGCGUAAACAGAGCAAGAUCACAAUAAUUCCGUCACAGCCUAAAAGCGAAAAGAACACGAGCAGUCAACCGGCACCGGCGAAGCUCCGCGAGAAUGGACGACAAGAGCCAAAUUCGAGGCCACAGCUCGAACGACAGGUUCGAAUCGAGAGGUCUCGAUCUCGAGGUGACACAAUACCUCUCUCCAAGAGUGAGAGCACCACAGGAGCGCCGACAUUAUCGAAAAGCUCGUCGAGGGCAGCGAUCCCGCCGCCACCACCUCCAAGACCACCGCCACCACCUCCGGGUAGAACGAUCCUGAAAGAUCUUCCACCGCUGAACGAAGAGCAAAAGGAAAAACUGGAAAUGUUGAAACAGAGGCCGCGGAAACGUCCCGAUUGGGCGAGCAUGAUGAAGGAAGUCGAAAGCGGGAAGACGUUGAGGCACGUGAAAUGCAACGACAGGAGCGCGCCCUUGAUCGAGAGGGUGAACAAGGUUACAGCUGAUCCAGCAGGGAAGGCACACUUUGUGUUCGAAUCUGAAAAAUCGAACAUGCAUAAUCAAUUGCUGAAGCAGAUUCAGGAAGGUAUUAAAUUAAAGAGAGUACAGACCAAUGACCGAUCGAAACCAAUACUAGAGGGUUUGAGGAAAUUCCGAAGGCAGCUGACGAUAGAGGAACAAAUGCAAAAAGCUGAGGAACCCACGGACGACUCUAUUUCGGAUGAUAUGGAUGACAUUGAUGCCGUAAGGGAUGACUUACAAAGUACUAAACAAAUGCUUGCUCUUGAACUUAGAAAUAAGGAGGCAUUAGAGAGAGAAAACAAAAGGUUACAAUCAAAGAUUUUGAACCUCGAAGCGGAAGUUGAACAUGCGAAAUCUCAGAAAAGCGUGCAAGAACAAAGAAAGUAUGACGAGAGAUUAACGGAAUCGUUUAAAAAGGAGGCUCAGCAAGCAAGGCAGGAUGCUGAGAAAUUCGAAACAGAGUACAUCACUGUCUCAGAAGAGAAAGACCGGCUCAAAAAUGAAUUGGAGGAAAUGAAAAGGAUGUAUGCUGCUUUAGAAAGACGAAUGAAAGCUGAACAAGAGCUUGAACCUCAGCCAAUAAUUGAGCUAGCAGAUGAUGGGGACGAAGCAGCUUGGUACAAUGUUUCAGGAAUGGCACUGGCUGGUUGUCCAAGUGCAAAAGAUGUAGCAAAAAUUGCCUGUCAAAAGAGCAUAGAUAAAAGGGAGCCAAGUGAAAGUGAAGAGGAAGAAGAAGAAAGCUCAGAGGAGGAGGAGGAAGAUGAGGAAGAUGAUCCAAAAGCAGCAGAAAAACGGGACAAAGCGGUUAAUGCCAGAAAAGAAAGACAUGCAUUGAAAGAUCAAAUUAAGCAACAACAGAAAUUAUUAAAAGAAGAAAAGAAGAAGUAUAAACAACUUCAGAAAGAAGUUGACAAAAUGGCUAAGCUAAUGUCAGAAAGUGAAGAUGAUGAUAAAGACGAAGAAGAAGAGGAAGAGGAGGAGGAAGAAACUGAGUCAGAAGAGUCAGAAUCUGAAGAAUCUGAAGACGAAGAAACUGAAACAGAAGAUGAAGAUCAAUCUAUGGAAGGACAAAGAAAUAUUUUGCAGAAACAAUCUAAGAAACACGAAGGGCGUUUAGCUGCAUUGAAAAAAGGUAACUAUCUACUUAAAGCACAAGUUGAUAGAUUGAAAGAUGAUUUAGCAAAACAACGAGAAGCUAGUCUCACUCUACAAGAAGAUCUUGACUCAGUGUUAGCAGAAUUAGGUUAAGUUAAUGUAAGAACAUACAUCUAAGAAUGAUUAUGAACAAUUGUAUACAUACACAUAUAAGUAUUACAUAUGGAAAUAUAGAAAAUUUUAUGUCUGAAAAACCAGACGCAACUUGUACACGCACACUCACCUAGCGCCUUUUGUAGAAAAUCUUACACUCAAGAAGAAUUUUUGUUCAAUCAACUACAGAGAUAAAGAUCUCCUAUUUUGUAGUAUUGAUCAGUAAACGCACUAAUUUGUUUUCUUUAGUAUCUAUGGUAAAUAUUCUGCAUGCGUAACGAACUAAAGGAAAAACAUUAAAACAAAAGACAAAAACAUCAUGUAAAUUUUCUACAUAAACUCUACAUAUCGUAAUUCUUCGUAAACGUGAAAAAUGUUUGUAUGAAAUUACAAAUAUUGCUUUUUUUGCUAUCAUAUUGUUAAAUAUUUUUUAAUAAAAACUAUUAUUAUUAGAUCAUCAAGGUUUUAUACAAGGUUAUUUAUAAGCUAAAAAUCAACACAACACUCACAUGCUUGUAAUUGAAAUUAAUCGACGAGCAGGUUAUUUCCAGAAUGUACAAGCUUUAUUUUUUCAACGACGAUAUUUUAUUUAGCAUACACGAUAACAUAAAUAAUUAUGUUUAUUACGACUUUAAAAAAAAAAAACCAACUACCCAUUCAAAGUAGUUUGAAAAGAAACGUAUAUAUGACGUAUGAUAAAAUCCCUAGAGAUAUUUCUUACAUUGGCGUCGCAAAUACUUUACUUGUACAUGGUUCGCAUUACGAACAUAUUAUUAUUAUUAACAAAUAUAUAAAAUUCUUGUUUUGCAAUUACAUGCGUAUUGAACAACUGUUCUUUCUUCUUUUUUCUGCUACGCCAAUAAGUACAAUUAAAAAAGGAAUGCGAAAUGUCGAAAAUAAAUGAUAAUGAAGAUGAUAGCGGUAUUUUUAAAAUUCGAAAAUUAUAUUUGAAAAUCAGAUUACUGUUGUUUUUCUCUGAGUUACAUAUUCUAUACAAUAGUGUUAUAGGUUUAAAACAUUAUUUGUAUCUCAAGUGUUUCUAGAAUCUGUCUCAAUUAUAAAAAUUUCAUUUGUCAUAAACAAUUCGAUAAUAACGAGCAUAAUGAAAAAAUAUGUUGCAUUUUGCAGCAAGCAAGUCAUGUUUUCUAGAAGAUAUUUUCAAGACGAUACAAACAAUGUGAGAUACUUCAACGUUAGUUUGAAAGUGCAGGCAAUUAAAUUCUUAUUGCUCGAUAUUAUUAUUAUCACUCACAAAUUACGUACAUACAUGCACGUUGACAAAAUGAAAUGAAAAAGUAAAUUUAUUUGAAAAAAAAAAAAGAAAAAAGGAAGUCAUAUAUGUACAUUCGUUUACAUAAAAAUUUUCGACAUUACAUUCAAUAUACAUACAUAACUGAGGUCGAAAAUUAAAACAUCGUGUAAUAUACAUGUUUCUCAGCGUAAUGUUAAUUAUCUAUCUAAUAUUAUGAAAUAGUAUAAUCGAAUAUGUUUGCGCGUUUUCGUUCCUAUAAUUAUGGUGUGAAUUUGCAUGAUUAACAGACUGCUUUGUAACUUUCGUGUCAAUUAAUAAUUCUCAUAUUAGAUAUUUAUCCAAACACACAUACAAAUAAAUAUAUUUCUUUCUUUCGUAGUAAUAUAUUGGCGAAUGGUAGCGCCAAUAUGCUAAUCUGCAUGUCUUUCGUAAGACUAUAAAUGUUAACACUGUUUUCUUACCCGCAUUUGUAUUUUUACAUCCAUAUAGAAUUACAAAAUAAAUACUGAACGCUUGCAAUUUCAGCAAAAACGACAGUAAAAAUUUCCAUAUCGAUGUAAAUAUUACAUUUCGAUUUCAUAGAAUACUGAAUAUUAAGCGAGUAAUGAUUUCCUUGUUUGGCAAGGUUAGUGAAACCUAACAUUUUUUGUAGAAUUUCAGUAUUAGGAAUGCUAACCAUUGCUAUAUUUCGAUACAUUUUAGAUUCAACUAGUGCAGCUUUGUAUUAGUCAUUUAUAAAUAUUUUUUUUAGAAUCCGCAUUACUUAUUUAAUAUCCUGUAUUCGUUAAAUUAUUUUUGAAGAAUGCACAGAGCUAUCCAGGCAUAAAGGAAAACAGCAUUUACGAUAAUAAAAAAGCAAAAAAUAAAAUAUUUCUUGGUCAUUUUAAAUUAGGUAUAAAUAGUGUUUUACUUUUUUUUCUUCGCCCAGAUUGCAGUGACAUUGCUAAAACUGAAUGUUAUCAAAUAGAAAUCCUAUACUAGUCAGGUCCAUUUUCUUAUAUUAUGAAGAUGCGAUAUAAUGCUAGUGGAUUUUUAAGAUAAUAAAUAAUUAUUUGAAAUCCAGUAUUAUGUUCAUUGUCAUUGUCCAGUACUAUGUCAUUGUAUGUAUCAUGCUCACUGAUUUUACGCGGUAACCGAAUUACAUUUGCAAAAAAUCUACUUAAUAAUAAUAAUAAAAAAAAAAAGAAAAAGAAAAAGAAAAGAAAAAAGACGAAAUACAUUUUUUCAUGUAACUUUAGCUUCUAUAAUUUUUUUCUCUUCUACCAACUUAACGUCAGUUACGUGUAAAUUAUGAAUACUUUUUGCUGCAAACUUAAUUACAGACUGAGUUGAGACUUGAGUUGUAUGUCUGAGAUCUAAACGUUUAAGCACUUUACAUCUUGCCAAAUGAUCUAACGUUGCUUCCGUAAGUAAUCUACAAUUUGCCAAAUUCAGUGAUGCUAAGUUCAUUACUGCUUGCGCUGGCGAAGUUGCUAAUUGAGCAACACCAGCAUCAGUAACUCGACCACAAGAAGAAAGAUCUAAUGUCUCGAGAUAGGGUAAAUGUUGAACUAUAUAUCUCAAAGCUACAUCAGUUAUAUCACAUCCAGCCAAAGAUAAAUUUUUAAGAUGUUUUAAUCUUGAAGUUUUAUCAAUUAGACCAGGUCUAGAAUCUGUAGGUGGACUGAGAACUUCUCUUAAACUUGAAUCAUUUAGUCCAGAUACAUGA